AUGAAUGCAGCCUCAUUAAGGCGGCCGUUAGGCUGCCUGAAGACUACUCUACGACAGACACGUCAACAGCGAUUCUUUCGGCGAUUGCUGGCCACCGCCGCAGAGACUUCGCAGCCAUCCCCAAGGAUACCGGAUGCCGCUACCUUCCAUGCCAUCCAAGAUACCAGAACCAAGAAGAUCCGCACCGGCUUCGCAGUCUACAACGGCGCAUCCGCGAUCCCGACGCUGACGCCGCCGCCCGUCAACCCGGUGGGCGCCUACCACGCCGAGCAGAUCCGCAAGAUGGACCCGACGGGGGCGCGGACGCGGCUCUUCUCCAAGGAGAACGCGGACAGCGCCAAGGUGGGUGACGUGCUGAUGGUGACGACGCGGCGCGCGGCCGAGCCCUUCUCGGGCGUGUGCAUCAGCAUCCGGCGGCGGGGCAUCGAGACGGCCAUCCUGCUGCGCGGCCAGCUCACCAAGGUCGGCGUCGAGAUGUGGUUCAAGGUCUACAGCCGCAACGUCCUCGGCAUCGAGAUCAUCCACCGCCGGCCCAAGCGCGCCCGCCGCGCCCGCCUCACCUACAUGCGCAAGCCCAAGCACGACAAGGGCAGCGUCGACGAGCUCGUCAAGAACUGGCGCAAGAGCAGGAACGUCUUCGCUACAAGAGGUGGUGCGACAGCUGCCAAGGCGACUGCGAAGAGUGCAAAGGGAGCGCCGAAGAAGAAAUAA